UCCCACGCCGCACCCUUGACUUAAUAAUUUAGUAUGUGCCGUGCCGUAAAAAUUUGUAAUCAAAAUAUGGUUGUAAGACUGUUGCUUUAACGUCGGUAGUUUAUUUUAUAUUUAUGUAAUUUCGGCCUGUGACAUUGCAAACCCAUGGUGUGGUGCGAAAGUGUUGGACUUUUAUAUAUUAGAGUACUUGUUUAGAGCGAGAAAAAUGUCAACCGAGAGCUUGAACAGUUUGAGCGACAAGGAGCUGCAUAGAAAGCUAAUCCAGAGCGGCUUCCCCAGCACUCCGGUGACGGAAACAACGAGAGCGGUUCUCAUCGAAAAGUUGAGAAAGCACACCCGCGCCGACAAGCUGAAAAAGAGAAGCAACAAGUACGUUCUGUACUCCAAGGAGCAGCAAGAGUCGCCUCCAUUUCCACAGUACCACCAGUACCACGCCCCCCAACCGCCCCAGAACUAUGCCAAUGGCCUUGACAACAAUAACGACUUGGACCUCACCGGAGGCUCCUCAGCUUUCAAUCGCAGCUUCGAUGAGAACGACUCGAGCCCGCUUCAGUUGUCCGCCUCUAAGAUGUACGCCCCACCACCGGUUGUGGCUUCCAAUUACGAUGGGGACUGCUCACCCCACAGCUUGGGGCUCAAUGGCAAAUACCGGCCGCCAUGCUCUAUGCCGUACGCCAUAGACACGUCAAAUAACUAUGGGAAACCGAGCGGAAAAGCUAAGCUAUCCGAUGGAGGCGUGGUAAAUAGACUGCUCAGCUUUCGGGACACCACAAUCCAGCGGAAGUUCAACUAUCCCACUGGCCAGGCGUCGAGAAUCCCGCCUAGGAACGAAAGGCUUACUCGAUUCGCUUUGUCGGACCUUAAAUCCUUCAUCAAGAAUCCGGACAUCAGGCCCUAUGUAAUACCACGAGUGCUGAUUUCGCUGUUCUUAAUAUUUUUGACAAUAAUCACAGUCCUCUAUGUGGGCAAGAGGUUCGAGCAGAGUCCCAUCGAUAAGACCGCUCUGAAGUAUACAUUAUGUAACCCCAACGAUGUGCAAGUGAUCAGCGAAAGGGUGAAUUGCAUAGCAAAAGAUUCGCUAAGGGGUGCGCUGGAUCUGAGCGAGGAGCUUUUUAAGCAUCUAAACGAGCGAGCCAGGCUCCAUCACUGCAAAGAUGACAGUUUGUCGCCUGCUUUGGAAAUGGGAGAGUUUGUAAAGGAAAUGGUCAGCAACCCAAAAACUCACAGGGGAAAUCUGCACAGUAACUUGAUGGCUGCCAAAUAUCUGAUUACCGAGAAUCCGCAGUGGAGCAUCCAAGUGGUCGAUUCAUCAAAGCACGUUGGACAGACCUUGCACUUCGAACUUUCUGAACCCAAUCUGCCGCUCAAAUGCAUUGUGUUGAAGAAAAUAACCCGAUUUUUCACCGUAAUCGGUACGCUUCUCUUGAUAGUCGCUGGAUUUCUCAUCGUAUACAUUGCGGUGGUAAUUUAUCGUGUUAAACAGAAGGAAGCCCUGCUGGCGGUCGACCAGUUCCAAAAGGACAUAAUCAACGAGCUAAUUUACUUAAGCUCCCAGUCCGAGAGUCCCGAGGUUAUCAUAAACCAGCUGCAGGAGAAGUUUCUGCCGGCCAAGAAGCGCUCAAAGCACAUGUCUUCUUGGAACAAGGCGCUCAAGCAGCUGGAGAAAAACGAUAGCCGUGUGCUCUUUGGAAUGGUGAAUCGUGACGGGAAGGCAAUGCGCACAAUUGCGUGGAACAGGAACGUUGACAAAAAGGAUGUCGGCCUGGUUAAGAAGUGGCAGAGUCCCGCCUUCGACAACUCGAACAAGAUAGCCAACCCACCGACUCCCUGCCUCAAGAUUAGGCACAUGUUCGACUCCUCAGAAGUGGAUCAGGCCAACCUGAAGCAGUCCAUCGUUGAGUCGAUCAUCGAGAAGGUUGGGUCGCGCUGCAAGAUCUGCGAUGUCCAGCUGGACGUCCAGUCCUGCUGCGUGUACAUCCGCUGCGCUAGCGAGGAGGACGCCGGCACGAUUCACAACGAGAUCAACGGCUGGUGGUUCGACAAGCGCCUGAUUUCGAUUAAAUUCUUAAGACUGGAACGCUACCUGAGCCGUUUCCCCAAGCCCUCGGCCGAGCCACUUUACUUUCACACCAACGAGGCAGCCAAAACUCACUCAUAAAACACACAACUCUACAUUAGAUACUUAAGUUAUUAAAUGCGAAUUUGUUUUACAUGUACA